UAAACUCAACAAACAAAUUUAUAAUAAUUAAAUCACUAGAGAUUGAGAGUGGAGAUGGAAAGAAAAAAGAAUAUGGAACAACCGAACAACCACCAAACCGAAACCAUUGAUUCUUCAUCAUCUGGGUUGUCAUUGACAGUUGAAAGUUGAUUUAGAGGUAAAAGUUAACACCCCUCCUGUUUUCUGACAAAGAAAAGAAAUAAAAGAAAAAGAAAAGAAAGCACACUUUACAUUUCACUUGUCUCUCUCUGCUGAAGCAUCAGCAUGGAACUCGUUCCAUACUCCGAACCAAACACUUCCACUCCACCCUGGCAAGAAAUGUUCCGAUCCGCCUCCACCAGAAAACCCACUUCCACCCCUCAACCCCACGCGCCGCCGCAGCACCCUCCCCAAAACCCCUGCCAACCACUACCAGACUCCAAACCAACUUUUUCCGGGGAUCCCCAGGUCCGCCUCGCACUCUACAUAGCCAUGGCGCACGCUUUUCUUGCCUUCGCUAUCUUCAUCCUCUACGCCGUCUCGAAGCUUCUAGAAGCAUACCUAAGACCCCUCCAAUGGGCCGUACUAUGCUCAAUUCCACUAAGAGGAAUUCAAGAAACCCUCGUUUCCUUCUGGUCCGAGCCGUUAAAACUCGGACUAACGGAAACCGUUCUCGCCGUUCCAGUUUCCGUUUUCAGAGUCUUCGUCGGUACACUUGUCGAGGUUCGAGAAGCUUCCUUCAGGUUCGUUUCUAGAAAGCCAAAAUCCGUUAAUGUUACCGCCAAGAAGCGUAGCGGUUUCUCCAAUAUGCUUCGUUUGCUUGUUUCUUUUGGGAUUUUUAUAAUUGCUUAUGAGAGGCUUGGUGGAUUUGGGGCAUUGUCGUUGUUAGGUUUAGGGUUUGUGUUCAGUUCAAAGAACGUGGAUUCGACUAUGUCGACUCUGAGUUCUUUUAGGAGUAGCAGCUUUAGGAGGAGUGCGAUUAGUGCUUUUUUCACCAGAGGGAUACUGAAGAAGUUGAAGACUACUGUUGCUGUUGGGUUAAUUGUUGGUAUGAGUGUUGGGUUCUUGGUUGGUGUCAUAUUUUUCUCUUAUAAGAUCGGCGUUGAAGGGAAAGACGCGGUCAUUUCGCUGAAAAUGCAUGUGGAGGAGAGCAAUUAUGCUGAGAGGAUUGGUGUUAAGAAGUGGAUGGAUGAGAAUGAUGUUGCUGGGAUGAUGGAUAGUUACACGACAAAGUUUUAUGAGACGGUUUCAGAUCAGAUUGAUGGUCUGGCUGUGCAGUAUAAUAUGACUGAGUUGGUUACCGGGAUUAAGCAUUUCGUGGUGACUAGCUCUGGGAACUCAUCUGCACAGACAAAGGCCUUGAUGAAGCCCUCGCCGUACACGGAGAAGUUCUUGAGUUUGAAAAACCGGGUUAGGAACCGGGAGUGGAGCCAGAUUUAUGCCGAAUUGGAUAGCCUUUUCCGUGAACUUGUGAUCACCCGCGAGGAUUUAGUUGUUAAGGCCAAAGGGUUUGCCUUUAAAGGGAUUGAUGUGUCGCAGCGUAUUUUUGCAAGUAGCAGAACUGUGUUUGGUAGUGGUGCGAAGUUCAUGUUCUCCAUUGCGAAUUCCAUAAUCUCUGGAGCUGCAGAGGUUUUCAAUUUUGUGUCUCAGUCAAUGGUGUUUAUUUGGGUUUUGUACUAUCUCAUCACGUCAGAGUCCGGUGGAGUAACAGAACAAGUGAUGUGUAUGCUUCCGAUUUCAAGCUCCACCAGGGUCAGAUGUGUGGAGGUUUUGGAUAAAGCCAUUUCAGGAGUCCUUUUGGCCACAGCCGAGAUAGCAUUUUUCCAAGGAUGUGUUACAUGGUUGUUGUUUCGGCUAUACAAGAUUCAUUUCUUGUACAUGUCGACUGUGAUUGCCUUCAUUAGUCCUUUGUUGCCCAUAUUUCCAUCGUGGCUUGCAACUAUACCAGCAGCUAUGCAACUGGUGCUGGAAGGCAGAUACAUUGUGGCCAUUGUUUUGUCUUGUAUUCACCUUUUCCUAAUGGAUUAUGGUUCAUCCGAAAUUCUGGAAGAUGUGCCUGGAAAUAGUGCAUAUCUCACUGGACUUAGCAUCAUUGGGGGAGUGACAUUGUUCCCAUCACCACUAGAGGGAGCUAUUAUGGGGCCAUUGAUAACUACAGUCAUGAUUGCUCUGAAGGAUUUGUAUGCUGAAUUUGUUCUUGAAGAACCUAAAGACAGAGCCAAGCAGAAAGAAAGCUAAGCCUCUCCUCUUGUCUAUGAUUGUGUAUUCUUUGCAAGUAAAGUUUGGAGCAGCUGUGUUAAUAUUUGCGGUUCUGUUAGGGUUUGUUCCCGUGUUUCGAUUUCGGAGAGGUAAGAGUUUAAAUUCAAGCUUGUCACUUCCUUUUUUUACCCUCCAAAAGCAGAU